AUGGUAGCUCUUAACAACGCGGACGGGCUUAUCAAUUUGCGCAACCUCGUUCAAGAAGUGAAAAAAACUACAACUGCUAAUACAUCAGUACCGAUUGUCUUCGUACCUGGAUUCUUGGGUUGGGGCGCACCGUUAUUUGGUGCCAUCAAUUACUUCGGUGGUGUGAUUAACGUCCCGAAGCUCCUCGUCGAAGAAGGAUAUACAGUCAUUGUUACUCCAGUGGCUCCAUUCUCUUCCAACUGGGAACGUGCAUGUGAGCUAUACAGUCAGCUAACUUGCGGGAGAUUUAGCACGAUCAACCCAACGACGGGUUUGAUUGAUGAGCAAUAUGACCUAGACGUUGAUUACGGCAAUCAUUUUGCUGCAGAUCCAGCUCACGCCCCCGAGCAAACCGUUACCAGUCAUAGAAGACGAGCAGUCCUGUUCCCAAACUCAACCUUUCCCGACGACUGGAAGUGGGACAAAGACCACAAAGUUCAUUUUAUUUGCCACUCUCAGGGUGGAAACACAGUACGCUACCUCAUCAGUUUAAUGGCCAGGGCGGCUGGGAUUUUGCAUCCCGCAUACUUUGGCCAGGCAGGGAGAGAUAACUGGAUCAUCUCUGUCACAACCCUUGGGACCCCUCAUAGAGGAACGACUUAUAUAGAUACGCUCGAAAGUUUUCUUUCCCGAUCAAGGAAACAGGCAGUCAGUCUAGUCGCAAGACUCUUCGCUACAGCAUCCUUCUAUCCCCCAGAGAAAAGGCCUUAUGAUCUUCAGCUUGACCACUGGGGAAUACGCAGAAAUCCGGGAGAAACAUUCCAGGAAAUGCUCCUCCGCUUGGAAUCAGUCAACGGCCCCGUGUGGAAAUGGUUAAAUUCUACCAAUAACGGUCUUUACGACAACAGUAUUGAAGGGGUUUAUGCUCUUUCCCAGCAUACAAUCAAUACUUCGCCGCAUAUCAUCUACUUCAGCUUAUCCUUCCAUGCAACAGUUCCUUUCCCCAAAGACUGGCCGGUGUGGGGCAAUGAUGCAAUUGACUCCUUUCCCACCAGUAUUGAGAGUUUCGUGCGGGGAGUAACUGGAAAUUUCCCAAUCAUUGGGGCGCUGACAGGGGCAAUAAUCGACGCAUUCACUAACGCUGGGUGGAGAUUCCUCACUACGGUAACCAGUUUCCACUCUUUCGUUCAGUGGAUUACUCAACAAGUGAUAACUAGGGUUCUCCAAGAAACGGGUUACAAUCUCGUACUUCCAAAGCCCGGAAUGUACAUUCCGCGAAAGGACGUCAUACCGAUAAUGCUGUUAAGUGUCUACGCAAUGGGAGGCCAAGAUCUUACGCAGGCGCAAAAGGAUCUCCUAGGACCGGAUCUUGGAGAUUGGUACCAGAACGACGGGAUCGUCAACACCGAGUCCAUGCGUGGCCCAGGCGGCGCCGUCAAGAGUAUCAGUUGUCUACCGGAUUUCGAUUUUAGUAACUCCAACAAGCGAGAGGUUUACUGGCACUUAGGCGUCAAUGACCUAAUGGAUCAUGCCGAUGAGAUGGGAGUUUUCAUUGAGCAAAACACAGCGAGCCUCAUGCAAGAAAUGUAUUUUAAUAUCGCGAAUCUGAUAUCACGGCUGCCUGGUUAG